AUGCCGCGAGACGCAAAAAAGUUGGAUGUGGUCUCGAGCAGUCCAAUUUCUCCUGCAUCUGCAUCUGCUGACGACGCCUUUGCGGAAGACGACGGACUUGAUGACUGUGGAAGCUUCGUCAGUUCGGAUGAAGGAGGCGAUAUUGAGUAUUUAUCCGAGCCUAUCGAGAGAUAUACCGAUGGGAUUUAUUAUCCAAUAUGUAUUGGGGACGUUCUAGCUGACACGUAUCGCAUUGUGCACAAACUGGGCUGGGGAGGAUUUUCCACCGUCUGGAUGGCGCACAACAUCAAAAGCCAAAAGAUGGUUGCCCUCAAGAUUGGUGCCGUCGGCCUCUUCAGCGAGUUGGAGGACCGGGAGCUCGAAAUGCAACGCAAAAUCCGUGAUACAGUCAAGGAUCCAUCCCGCCUCGUGACUUUUCUCGACACCUUUCCCCUCAAUGGAGUGAAUGGCACACACCAGGUAAUGGUGUUUCCCGUUCGGGAUCUCAACAGCGGCAGUGUACUCUGGGACAUUGGCGACAUUGACGACUACACGCUCAAGAUGGCCUAUCGAGAGUUUGGUCGCCCUCGAAAGACGCCAUUGUGGUUCGCGAUGUGGAAAAGGGGACAGCUUGUCGAACCGAUUCAGGUGAACAAAGAGUCGCUGCGAGGGGGCAUCUUUCUUGCCGACUUUGGUAUGGCAAUUGAAGCUGGGAUACCGGUCAAACGCAGGUGGCAGGCGCCUACCACGUACUGUGCGCCCGAGCGAUUCCACGGCACAGAUCCCAGCUUUGCCAGUGACAUGUGGAGUUACAUGUGUCUCUUCGUACAGCUGUACAUGGGUUUCGCCCCCUUUCGCACGUUGACCGACCUGGUGGACAGGCUGGGUCCUCUCCCUCUGCAGUGGGCUGGCAGGUAUGAUGCAGGAGAUGAGCCCAAGGAGUCUUGGUACGACCAAACGCAAAAACCAGCUCCCCUGCUUACUCUGGAGGAGACGAGCAAGCGCGGGCGGCCUGAGGUAAGCGAUGUCGAGCGGAAGUUGGUCGUCUCCGUCCUUUCAAAAGGGUUAGCGUACUUGCCAGAGUAUCGCCCAACAGCCGCGGAACUUUUGGAAGAUGAGGAUUUCAAGGCUCUCAUGGCCAUUUAUGAAUUAUGA